AUGGGUCUUUUUCAGGCUCCCAGUAGUUCCAAGAAAGCUUCUGAUAAAGACUCGAAGGAAAAGGAGAAAACGCCAAAGAAAUCGAAAGAAAAAGACAAAUCGGACGGAAAUAAGAAGGGUGGAAAGAACGACAGUAAUGGGGCCGCAAAAUCGGGUGGGGAACCAGAUGAAGAAUCGAAAUACAACUCGUUCAAUAAGUUUACAAAAUUAUGCGAUGUCAUAGCUUCAGUGUCGAAGUACACAGAUAAGUCGUCGGCAGUGAAAAUGUUCAUUACAAGAGAUGAUUACGAUGGGGACAUGCUGACUCUGGUACGCCUACUACUUCCUGGUGUCGAUCAAAGGGUCUAUAACAUCAAGGAGAAACAGAUAAUCAAACAUUUUGCAACGAUAUUCGAUCUGCCUGCGGAUGAACUCCUUGAUUCGUACAAAAAUGGUGGAGAUGUUUCCAAAACGAUCCGCGAUGCGAUCGAGAAAAAUAAAUUGAACCGAGUUAGCAAAGGAGACUGGAGUAUUCAGAAGGUGGACCGUUGGUUGAACAAGCUCACAGAAUUGACAAAAGACGACGAACAAAUAACACAUUUGAAGUUCGCCGCCAAGAGAUUGUCCCCAACCGAAGUACAAUAUCUAUUACGACUCGUCAUGAAAGAUUUGCGCAUCAAUGCGGGUGUAAAACACAUCCUGGACGGUUUACAUCCGUCAGCUUAUGAAGCUUUCCAGAGUUGCCGUGAUUUAGCGGAAAUAAUUGAAAGGGUUAAGAAGGGUCAACUUGGAGAUGUCGCUGCCGCAAUGGAAGUUGGAAUUCGCCUCGGAACACCCGUACUACCCAUGCUUGCAGAGCCAUGCAAGUCGGUAGAACAAGCAAUGAAGAAAUGUGCAAAUGGGAUGUUUGCAGAGAUUAAAUAUGAUGGCGAACGGAUUCAGAUCCAUAAAAGUGGUACAUCCUACUCUUACUUCUCCCGAAGCCUGAAACCUGUGCAGCAUCACAAGAUUUCACAACUGGAGGACGUCAUUCCGAAAGCGUUUCCUGCUGGAUUGGAUCUAAUAAUUGAUGCUGAAGUCCUUCUCGUUGACAAUGCAACUGGUAAACCGCUACCGUUUGGGACACUUGGAGUGCAUAAGAAGGAACAGUUUAAAGAUGCUUCUGUUUGCGUAUUUAUUUUCGACAUUCUUCGAUAUAACGACGAGGAUCUAACGGCAAGGGCACUAGCUUAUCGAAAGAAGCUUUUAGAAGCUCAAAUGUCUGAGGUCCAGAAUCGAGUGAUGAUGUCGAAUUAUCAACUUAUACGACACGGAGAUCACGACACUCUAAAGACUAUGAUUUGGAAGGCUAUUGAUGAGGGUUUAGAAGGGCUGGUUUUGAAGGAUAUUGAAUCUAUUUACGAACCAGGAAAGCGUCAUUGGUUGAAAGUGAAGAAAGAUUAUCUGGAGGAAGGGCGCAUGGCUGACACCGCUGACCUUAUCGUUCUUGGAGCCUAUUUCGGUACUGGAAGUAAAGGUGGUAUGAUGUCUGUAUUCCUCAUGGGCGUGUACGACGAAGACACAAAAUCGUAUCGAACGGUCACCAAAUGUGGUAAUGGACAUACAGAUGAUGCUCUUGAAGCGAUAAAUAAGAAAUUAAAAGAUCAGAUGACUCGCAUUGAUCGUGACUUCGACCUUCUACCGAAAUGGCUGCAUUGUUCACGAAGUCUUGUGCCAGACUUUGUCAUCAAAGACCCCCAAGUAGCUCCUGUCUGGGAAAUCACAGGCAUGUUUCGAAAACCCGGAUAG